AUGUUUGGUUUUGGCUCCUCCAUCUUCAGUUCUGCCUCCACUUUGAUCACCUCAGCUGUUCAGGAUGAGCCUCGCCCCACACCUCCAGCUUCCCCCAAGGUGACUGCUUCAGCUCAGGCCUCUCCUAAGAUGCCACCUGCUAAGGAGACCAAACCACCUGCUGCUCAGAAAGCAGAGGAGAAGAAACCAGAGCAACCCCAGCAGACCAAGGCUCCUCCAUCAGAACAGGCCAAAAUGGACAAGACCCCAUCAGAGCGUCCAAAGUCAGCAGCAGCCUCCCAACCAGCUCCCAAAGCAGGCCAGUCCACCUGUCCUCUCUGCAAGGUGGGAAUCAAUGUGGGCUCCAAGGACCCUCCCAACUACAACACCUGCACACAAUGCAAGAGCACUGUCUGCAACCAAUGUGGAUUUAACCCCAUGCCUCACAGCAAUAAGAAGGAAUGGCUGUGCCUGAACUGUCAGACUCAGAGGGCUUUGUCUGGACAGCUGGGAGACAUGGGCAAGAUGUCUGCACCUGCCCUCACCAAACCCACACCCGCAGCCUCCAAGACCGAGGCCCAGCCCAUACCUGCAGCCUCCAAGACCGAGGCCCAGCCCACACCUGCAGCCUCCAAGACCGAGGCCCAGCCCAUACCUGCAGCCUCCAAGACCGAGGUCCAGCCCAUACCUGCAGCCUCCAAGGCCGAUGUCCAGCCUGUACCUGCAGCCUCAGUGACAGAGGUAAUGGCCACACUUGCCGCCUCCAAAGCCGAGGUCCAGCCCAUACCUGCAGCCUCCAAGGCCGAGGUCCAGCCCGUACCUGCAGCCUCAGUGAUAGAGGUAAUAGCCACACCUGCAGCCUCCAUGGCCGAGGUCCAGCCUAUACCUGCAGCCUCAGUGAUAGAAGUAAUGGCCACACCUGCAGCCUCUAUGGCCGAGGUCCAGCCCAUACCUGCAGCCUCCAAGGCCGAGGUCCAGCCCAUACCUGCAGCAUCAGUGGUAGAGGUGACGGACACACCUGCACCAGACAAGGCAGAGAUGAAACCAGCUCCAGCCUCUGUGCAAAAGGAGGCAGAGCCAGCUAAGAUGGAGGUCCCCAUGGCAGAGAAGCCUCUGGCUGAGGCAGAGGUGAAGACAGAGGCUAAAAUUAUGGAGCCACUUGUGAGUACCCCUGUGCUCACUCCAGCCUUAGCACCAGAACCUCUGCCUCCAAUCUCUGCAACAGUGUCUGCCCCUAAGGAAAUCACUGAGGUAGAAAAAAUACCUGAAGCUAAGGCUCAAACGGUAGAACCGACAAUGCCACAGGUGAAGAAGAUCGACGAGCAGGCUGGACAACAGGUGUCACAACCAAUGGCAGCAGCAGACACAACGUCACCAGAGACAGCACCAGAGACAGGCCAACCUUUGACAACAACAGAGAUUGAUAGCAAGCAGAAAGAAGUAAGGAAACAGGAGCUUACCACUGUUCCAGACAUCCUUCCAGCAGACACUGCUGUGAAGGAGGUGGUGUCCAGUCCAGUCAUCCCCAGUUCAGAGCAAGAACUGACAGAGGCUGAAGAUCAUGCUAAGGAACAUGACCAUCCAGAGAUCCUACCCAUAUCACAGGGCUCCUACACCUCUGAGGAGGAACUGAAGGAGGUAAAAGGGGUUAGUGAAUCUCCUGUGACAGACAAGACCACAGACUCAAUCGUGAUCAAAAAAGAGGAGGUUGAGAGGAGGCGUCUGAGUUACCGACCCAUGGAAGAGAGCAGUGGGAGUGAACUUACCCCCUCACCCCAGCCCCAGAGAAGGAGGCUGAAGGUAAAUAUGACCUCCUCCAGCAGUGAGGACCUUCAAGCCGACAGCCCAGACUCUUCUGUGGACGACGAAGAGUUCAUCCGGAGGCAGAUAAUGGGCAUGACCGGAGCCGAGGAAGAGAUGUCUCUCUCGGAAGAUGAGGAAGAGUUUAGAAAGGAGGAUACCACCACUGAAAAGACGCUGGAGUUGGAUAACAUCCCUAAAACAGCCGAGCCAUUGCCCGAAAAAGAUAACGCAGGCAUUCCAGCCAGACGGCCAUCUCUUCCCAAGCCUGAAGACCCAACCACAGAGGAGAGACUAGAAACCGAGACCACCAUCGUCUUUAAAAAAGCCAUUCCGAGGAUGAGGCAGAGACAGAGCACUGACGAAGUGGAUGCUGAGGUGGAAAGUAUCACGGAGUCACUGGAUGACAAGUCAAAAGGUGACGGUUCAUCCAGCGUCCAGGUGUCUAGCUUCACUCCAGGAGCCUCCCCCACAUCUGCCUCUUCCCUGGAGGAGGACAGCGACAGCAGCCCCAGCCACAGGAGGGCCGGCGGGGAGGGAAAACUGCACCGCAAAGCCAAGCACAGGCAGGCCGGACAGGCCCUGCCCACCAUCGAGGACUCCUCCGAAGAGGAGGAGAUGAGGGAGGAAGAGGAGCACCUUCGGGAGCAUGAGAACCAGAGGGAGGGAGACCUAAAACCGGAAAAGAGGAGCUCAAAGAAGUCCAAGAGGGAGAAAGAUGAACUCCGGACUCAGAGAAGAAAAGAGAACCAGCUGACUUCGCCCAGUAACCUGUCACCUAUUGAGGAUGCAUCACCCACAGAGGAGCUGAGGCAGGCCAAGGAGAUGGAGGAGUUGCGCAGGACAUCAGGCUCGGAUUACUCCCCCAGCAUGGAGUCAGAAUCAGAGGGCUUACAGGGCAGGCUAGCUCAAAUGUGCAAGCCUCCAACAACGGUAAAACAAUCUCCUGGUGAAGCAGCAGGCGUUGAGAAGCAGUUGAAGACUGCAGAUGAAGCCUUUGAUGACAUGAUUCAGAAAACUACGGCCAUCACAGUAGACCCUGAGGUAGACCCUGAUGUAGAACCACUGUAUGGAGGCAUGGCAAUUGAGGACUAUCUCUACGAGUCCUUAGUAGAGGAACCUGAAACUAAACCCAGUGUAUCUCCUAAAGAGGAACCAAGUCAAGACGCUUCUGCUGAACCGGUGAAGAGACUCCGGUCUCCAGAGGAAGUGUACGAAGAGAUGAUGAAGAAGAAAAAGGAGCUGAGGUUGAUUGAACAGGAGUUUCAACAGGCACAGUCUGCCACCAUGGAUACUCUUUCACCAGAAUCGGCAGAGACCUUCUAUGGUACCAUCUCCACCGCGGAGGCAGAGAAAGCCCCACCAGGCUCUGAUUCUAACUCUGAGGUGCCGAAGAAAAAGAAACGUCCUGCACCACCGAGACCAUCUGAGCCUCCCAAACGUCCUGAGGUGGUAAUCAUACCUAGCGCUCCGGAUGGGGAAUAUGUUCCUGCUCCUAGACCAAUGAUUCCUCAGGAUACAGUCCUUAAGCGAUCACUUUUCCCCAUACCAGAUCUCAAGAUUACCCAAUGUUCCUCUGGGGAGGAGGAGGAUGACAGUCUGGUGGAGGAGUAUGGCAUUGGUAUGUCCUCUGACAUCACACCUAGUGAUGAGUCCGAGACCAAAGACGAAGUGGAGACUCCUCCUGGCAGAGGUUGCAGCUCCUUCAGCCCCAAGUCCUUCUCCAUCCCCAUUCUCAGUGGUUGUUCAAAUGCCCGACCUGGUUUCUUCUCCAUCCCAGAAGCAUGUCCAGGGUCCAGCUCCUGUGCAAGUGUCAGCACCAAGUCCAACACCUGUGGUCUCAGCUACCCCCACUGUUGCUCCAGCAGCAGUAUCAGUUUCAACAACUGUCAUGGUUUCUACUCCAACCUAUACUCCAACUCCAGCUCCUGCUUCAGUCAUAGUCCAAAUGCCAGACCUAGUCUCAACCAUCUCAACUUAUGCCCCACUCCCAGUAUCAGCUCUGGUUACUUCACCAGCAACGACCCAGGCCACAGUGCCAAGCACACCUACGGAAGCUAUAACGGUGCAGGCACCUAUCAGGAGGGGCUCCAUUCCAUCUACACAUCAGGCAGCACCAGCAGUGAGGACCACCCCAUACGAACAGCAGACUCCCACCGAGGCAUUCUCUGCACAGGCAAUUGUCAGGAGAGGAUCUCUACCCACUGUGCGGCAACCACCACCAACAGCUGUAGUCACAACAGCAACAGUUGCGCCAAUGGCAUAUUUCGAGGGAGUCGCUACUCAGGCCCCAGGUUCGAAACACCCUCCAUUACAACUGAGGCCCUUACCACAACAAGGAGGGCGUCAAUAACCAUGCAACAGCCACUUGGCGUGGCUCAGGUGAUAUCCCUGUCAUCAGAGCAUGAGAUGCCUGUAGAGGCUUAUGUAACACACAUGCCCUACCAAAGAGAGUCCAUUCCCCCAGGAGUGCAGCCGCCAUUGCCAGCAUCUGAGACGUUAAUGUAUUCAUCAGAGUACGAAACCCCCCUGGAAGUCAUUACUACCGAGGCCUACACCAGAGGAAUGUCAGUGCCAGCAGUCCAGGAGAUUUACCAGUCUGUACCAGUGGCACCGGUAACCAUUACCAAGUUCCACCAAGAGUCCAUUGAGAGUCAGGAGAUCCGGGGGCCAGAGAAGGUGGUCUCCAGCAUGAGCCACAUGUACUCUGCUUCCAUCUCCACCUCAGGACAACCCCCUGUGAGCCUGCCCAGCCUGCUAACUCAGGUGGUCACCACGGAAGUUCAGAGAACCACCAUUUCUGUGGUCCAUGAGAUGUUCCCCCUGGUCCCUGUCCCCAACAUAGCUAGUGCUGUCACCAUCCAGCCAGAUGUAGCUAUGGUUCAACCCAUGCCUAAACAGAACAGCAAGGCCGUCUACCCUGGCGAUGUCAUUGAUCUAUGCACAGUUAAGGUGGGUGUGAAGAUGACAGACUCUGGAAUGGAUCUGACAGCCCCAGAGUCCUGUCGUCAGUCCUCCUCUACUGACUCCAGUGGGCGACACGCCACAGCAGUGCAGCCUGAGAUAGUCAACCUGAGUGCAGAACUCACACCUGCUACUACCCUUUCCGUUGUUACUGACAGCAUCACUAUAGUCACCUGCACAGCUACCAUCGCCUCCUACAGCAAGGAACUGGCUGAAAAGCCUCUGGACCUACAGGGGCAUGUGACCUCUAUGCCUCUUCCCCUCACAACUUACAAACCAUUCGAGCCUCUGGCUCAGAUUGUGUACAGACCAGUGAAUACUCGGCCCAUUGUGAGCCCAUUGAUAACCCCAGUUCUAGACACUGAAACAGAGGCUCCCAUCAAUAUGUCCUAUGGCGCACUCACCUCCACAGCAGCCACCAGGCAGCCACUGACCCUGACCUCUGCAGCUAUCACCAAUGGUGGGCCCAUUCCUCUGGAGGUCACAGGAGCCAUGGAUCUGUCUUCAUCCAGACCCCUGAAGGCCAUGGUGGUUCUGUCUGACACCAGCGCAGGGGUGGUUACCACCGUGGUGGACGAUGACGGGACGCCAGUGGACUUGACCGCUGGAAGGAGGAGUGUCUGCUGUGAUGUCAUCUACAAGCUGCCAUUCACAGGGAGCUGCAGGACACAGCCUCCGGUCACUGCUCAGCCGGACAAUCGAUUUGGCUACCGAGAUGACCACUAUCAGUAUGACAACGUUGGAGUCUACGGCAUCAAAGGUCUCAAUGGCAUCAAGGCUUCCAUGUCAGAGACGAACCUGGCCGAGACAGGAGUGUUCCCCUAUGAUCCUAAGCAUGGAUAUGACUAUCUCAGUGAAGCAGGCGAUGGGGCAAUAGACCUGACUGCAGCUCAUUUAUCAGCAGGUGAAGCUCUAGACUACACCAGCAAGGCGGCUGGAGCCUAUACAGGGAUGAACACUGAUCUGUAUCCCAAUGUCCCAGCUGCUGGCUUUGGUGUAAAUAGUGGUCUUAGAUCCUCAGAUGGUAUAGUUUAUUCUUCUAUAGCAGCCCCUGUCCCAUCGACCUACGCCAUAACCACUCAGCCCGGCUCCAUCUUCAUCUCCACCCUGCCACAUACAACCACUCUCCAGAGUCAGCUAGCCCCCCACCCCUACGGCUUCAUCGCCACCACUGACCCUGGUCAGAUUAUCAGUCUGGACACUGGCCUAUCUAAGGAGUUCCUACCCACAGCCUUAGCUGACAUCAUCACCGGCUACCCAGAUAUGUACUCAGACACCACCUUGGAGGCCAUCGCAGCCUCCCUGGAAGCCCUGACCUCCUCCCCUCUCUUCCCUGGGCUGGACGACAGUAAGAUGGCCCAGUACCAAAUGGAGAGGGAAUUCCUGGAACUGGAGAAGCUCAAGCAGCUCUGCCUGGCGGAGGAGCUGGAAUGGGAGAGGCAGGAGAUCCAGCGCUACCGAGAACAAGAGCAGAUCAUGGUGCAGAGGGAGCUGGAGGAGCUGCAGGCUCUGAAACAACAGCUGCUCAUGCAGCAGGAGGAGGAGCAUCACGCGCACCUGGUGGCCCAGCAGGAGACCUACGCUCAGCAGCGGGAGCAGCUCGAGCAGAUCCAGCAGCUCCAACUCCAGCUACAGCGCCAGCUAGAGGAGCACUACGGAACGACAGGCACCACCGGCAACCUGCUGGAAGCCCAGUAUGCAGGAGUAGGGGAUAACGGCCAGUACUGGCCUGUUAGGGAUGAGUCUUCCCCCGCUACCACUGCCACCCAGCCGGAGGGAGGGAGUCCGAAAGAGGACCAGCUUCAGCUUACCAAGAAGCUCCCUGCAGGGUCGAAACAGAUCAUGGACAGUGGUGUACAGACUGACGACGAAGAUUCGGACAGACAUUACGUGGGGAGGAAGAGGAGAAACAACAAGAGGAGCGUGGAUACCAGCGUGCAGACAGACGAUGAGGACCAGGAGGAGUGGGAUGCACCCACACGAGCCCGCCGCCGCUCUCGUAAGCACAGCAGCGAGGGCAAGCACAGCUCCAAAGUGACCAGCAUAGCCAUCCAGACAGUGGCGGAAAUCUCCGUCCAGACAGAUCACUCGGGCAGCCUCAAACGGCCCAACGUCCAGAUGGAUGCCAAGGUGGAGAUCGUCAAGCACAUCUCCGCCCCCGAGAAUUCCCAAAGAGGGGGCAGUCUGAGCUGCCAGACAGACUCAUCGGACAGGAGGCACCACACUCCGAUAGAGGUGGGCUACAGCACUCACCUGAAGACAGACCUCCCCAAGAUACUCUACUCAUCUGUGUCGCCGCUGUCCAAGAGUAAGUCCAUAGAGUUUGGCAGGGAGGAUAAGUGUGUGGGGGGUCAGAGGAUGCUGACCGGAGACCCCACCAGGUAUUCCUCCAGUCCCAGGAUGCUGAAGCCAGGACAAAAGUCCCUGUCAGACCCCAAGUCCCUCAGCCCUACAACCGAGGACAGGUUGGGAGCCUAUCACUACACAGACCCUUACACUGGUCGAGGCUCCCCCUCCAGCUCCCAGAAGAAAGUAAAAAGGACUCUUCCGGAUCCCCCUCCAGAAGAGGACUCACUGAGUGGCCGUUCAGGCUACAGCACCAACUCUGCUCGCCGCCGGCUGGCCCGCAACACCACCAUGGCUCGUGCUAAGAUCCUGCAGGACAUCGACAAGGAGCUUGACCUGGUAGAGAGAGAGUCAUCCAAGCUCAGGAAGAAACAGGCUGAACUAGAUGAGGAGGAGAAAGAGAUCGAUGCCAAGCUGAGGUACCUGGAGAUGGGCAUCAAUCGGCGAAAGGAGGUUCUGUUGAAGGAGAGGGAGAAGAGAGAGAGGGCCUACCUACAAGGAGUGGCAGAGGAGAGAGAUUACAUGUCUGACAGCGAGGUCAGCAACAUCCGGGAUGCCAGGGGUAGUAGUCAUGGUCUGGAGAGACCUCGGACAGCCCCGCAGUCUGAGUUCGACCAGUUCAUCCCCCCACAGACAGAGGCAGACUCCCAGUAUUCCACUCUGACCAGUCCCUACUCCCACUAUGCCCAGUACGUCCCUCAGACUCAGUCCAGCAGCCACUACCCCCAGCAGACACUCUACCAGCAGAAAUCUCUCUACCACCAACAAGUGUCCCCCUACCAGACCCAGUCGGUCUAUUCUUCCGUCCCCACCCUCUCCUACCCCCAGUCCUCCCACUCCCAGGCUCAGCCCAGCAGCUACCAACAGGCUCAGCUGCUCCUCAUUCAGGGGAAACAGCGUCAGAACACCCUCUCAGAACUGGAGCCCAAGAUCACCCCCAACUACGAGGUCAUGCGUAGUCAGCCUCUGCUCAUCGUGCCCUCCUCUACAGACAGCGGGUAUGCGGUGGCCCAUCUCGGGGGCAAGUAUGGCAGCCUCGACCUGAGGCUGGGGCUGGAGGAGAGGAGCAUGGCCUCCAGCCCCAUGUCCAGCAUCUCUGCUGAGUCUUUCUAUGCUGACAUUGACCACCACAAUGCCAGGAACUACGUCCUGAUUGAGGACAUAGGGGAGCUGACCAAGGGCUCGGCAGGGUUGGGCACCUCCAGCCUGGGCUCUGGCUUCACCCUGCCUGACAAGGAGCUGAGUAAGGCCGACAGACUGCUGAGGGCAGCCGAGGCCAGACGCACCGCUGAGGUGGCAGAGUUCCUGGGCAGUUCCUCGCGGCUCCAAGGCUACGGGAAAGGAGAGGAGGACUCGAUGGAAGAGCCUUACGAGCUGAAGCUGCUGAAGCAACAGAUCAAGCAGGAGUUCAGACGAGGCAACGAGGGCCUGGAGCAUCUCUCAAGCCUGGGUCUGCCCCAUUACAUUCCAAGCGAUGCCGGCUACCGACACUUCCCCAAGGCUGAGAAGUACAGCAUCGGCAGACUCACCCUGGAGAAACAAGCUGCCAAGCAGCUCCCCGCAGCUGUGCUCUACCAGAAACAAGUGAAGAACAAGAAGGCCUUGAUGGACCCUAAGAUGACCAAAUGUUCACCCAUCCAGGAGAGCCGAAACUUGGAGCCAGAUUACAGCAGCUUCCUGGGAUCGGGGGCGUCCUCGGUGACCCACCUGGAAGCCCGAGCCCGGCUGCUGCAGGAUGAGAUCACCUUUGGGCUGAGGAAGAAUCUGACAGAGCAGCAGAAAUACUUGGGCUCCUCUCUGGGGGCCAACCUGUCUGGUUCUCUCAACCUGGGCCAGUCGCUGGGCCUAGGGGGUCCCGCCAUGAGGUCCUCUCUCCAGGACGACGGCACCUACCCCAGUGGCACCCGCUCCCGCCCCUCCUCCCGCCCCUCCUCUCGUCCUUCCUCUGUCUACGGCCUGGACCUGUCCAUAAAGACAGACCUGUCCAGUUCCUCCCUCCGUCUGAAGACCGAAGGAGAAGCGCUCGAUGCAGCGUUUGCAUCGGGGGUGGCCCGAGCCAAACCCACCAGCCUGCCCAUCAGCCAGAGCCGCGGGCGCAUACCCAUCGUGGCCCAGAACUCGGAGGAGGAGAGCCCUCUGAGCCCCGUGGGAGAGCCCAUGGGUAUGGCCAGAGCCUCCGCUGGCCCACUGCCGCCCAUAUCUGCUGACUCCAGGGAUCAGUUUGGGUCCAGCCACUCCCUGCCUGAGGUGCAGCAGCACAUGAGGGAGGAGUCGCGGACCCGAGGCUACGACCGCGACAUCGCCUUCAUCAUGGACGACCUGCAGGGGGCGAUGUCCGACAGCGAAGCACUAAGUGACUCCAUGCUGACUUUGAACAGAGAUGAAGCCAGAAUCUUUCAUGAGAGUAUCAGACACGCCUACCACUUGAGGAGAGAGGACUCAGACUGGUUUGACAAGCCCAGAGAGGGCUGCCAGGGCCCGCAGGGUGGACACGUUCUGGACAGGAGACAAAUGAAGCUGAUCCCAUAUGCUUUCCCUCACUCGCGUAUUAAACUGCAGAGAGACCCCAAGGACACCAGUGUUUCAGGUAAUGGUCUUGGGAUUCGUGUGGUCGGAGGGAAAGAGAUACCCGGGACACGAGGGGAGAUUGGAGCCUACAUUGCCAAGGUUACCCCUGGAGGAGUUGCAGAACAGACAGGAAAAGUGGUGGAAGGAAUGCAGGCGUUGGAGUGGAAUGGGGUUCCGCUGACGGGCAAGACCUAUGAGGAGGUGCAGUGCAUCAUGGGUCAGCCCUGUGCAGAGGCGGAGCUUUCUGUGCGACUGGAUCUUAACAUGCUGUCAGACCCCGACUACCCUCAGGCCUUGGAGCAGCACGCUCAGUUCAAGACUGGUGAGAGGCAGCGCUCUCCAGGUGUGGAUCCUAACCAACUGGCCGCCGAGUUGCAAAAGGUGUCCCAGCAGCAGGGUCCUGGGGUGCCCGGGUCGGGGGUCGGACCAGGGGGGAUGGGGGUCCUCUCUGCGUUGGAGCGCUCCGCCCUCCUCCACUCAGGUGCUGGCUCGGGCACCUCCAGUGGCGUGCCCAGCCCUGGACAACCGGCCUCGCCCGCAAUCAACAAGAAACAACGACACAGUGCUAAGUCGACGGAGCUAUUGAAGCCACAAUCUCACCCCAUCACCGGGGAGAUCCAGCUCCAGAUCAACUAUGACAGGAACCUGGGGAACCUGAUUGUUCAUGUUCUCCAGGCCAGAAAUCUGGCUCAGAAGGACAACAACGGCUACUCCGAUCCUUUCGUCAAAGUCUACCUGCUGCCCGGGAGAGGUGCUGAUAACAAGAGGAAAACCAAACAUGCCCAGAAGACCCUGAACCCAGAAUGGAACCAGACAGUGAUCUACAAAAACAUUCACCUGGAGCAGCUUAAGAAGAAGACCCUGGAGGUGACCGUGUGGGAUUAUGACAGAUCUUCGUCCAACGACUUCCUGGGAGAAGUGCUGAUAGACCUGUCUAACACAGCCCAGCUGGACAACACUCCUCGCUGGCUGCCUCUCAAGGAGCAGAGCGAGAGCAUCGAGCACAGCCGAGCCCACCAUGCUUCCCAGGGACCCCCAGGGUCCGGAGCAGGCCAGGGGCAAGGCCAAGGCCAGGCCCAGGGCCAGGGAUCUACAGGAGGGCCCGGAAUGGGGUUGGGACAGGGUGGUCCAAACCAUGGACAGGGCCAGGGACUAGGGCCUCAUGACUCCCCCAAGAACUCAGUGAUCAAGAGUAGAAGCCAUGGGAUUUUCCCUGACCCAGCGAAAGACAUGCAAAUGAGCCCCCUGGAGAAGUCCCACAGCAGUCCCGGCAGCUCCAAGUCCUCCUCGGACGGCCAGCUGCGCUCCCAUGGCCCGUCGCGCAGCCAGAGCAAGAGCAGCGUCACGCAGGCCCACCUGGAGGACGCUGGGAUAGCCAUAGCGGCCGCCGAGGCCGCCGUCCAACAGUCCCGCCUCCAACCAAGACCAGGCCAUAGGCUGGCCGAUCUGUCAGGCUCAGUGGUGUCCUCAGCCCCCAGCCUGGUGGGAGACGGGUUCGGGGGGCUGGAUGGGGAUGACGGGCCAGGCAGCGGAAUGGACAGUGCCAUCUUCCAGGUUCCACGCAUUGGGAACACCAUUCCCAAUGGGACUGACAAGACCAGAGGACUGGGUACCCCAGAAAAUGAAGGGAAGACCCAAGUGAUGGGGGAGAUCAAGGUGGCUCUGAAGAAGGAGGUAAAGACAGAAGGAGACCAGCUGGUCCUGGAGAUUCUUCAGUGUAGAAACAUCACCUACAAGUUCAAGAGCCCGGACCACUUACCAGACCUGUAUGUGAAGCUGUACGUGGUGAACGUGGCCACUCAGAAGAGGAUCAUCAAGAAGAAGACGAGAGUGUGUCGCCAUGACCGCGAGCCCUCCUUCAACGAGACCUUCAGGUUCAACCUCAACCCCACGGGUCACUCCUUACAGCUCUUCUUGGUGUCCAAUGGAGGGAAGUUUUUGAAGAAGACGCUCAUAGGAGAGGCCUACAUCUGGCUGGAUAAGGUCGACAUGAGGAAGAGGGUGGUCAGCUGGCACAAACUGUCGGUCAGCUCCACUCAGACCCACCCCUGAGGGGAAUACGCUGAGCCAGGAGUCGUCAGGGGCCAGUGGAGGAAGAAUGGACUGGAAUUCCGGCGAGGUCGGAGAGAUCGUGAGGAGGCACGCUUUGUUCAUGUUUCAUCCUAGGUCUUAGUUGGGGAAAAAAAGAAGAAGACGAAGAAAAAAAAGACCAAGCAAAACACAGACCACGGGCCGUGAUCUGAGGGCCAGACACUGCCAGCACGUAAUAUGCACCUGAUAUGGGACAGCUUAAGCCUUCGUUCUCCUCCCUCCUGUGUCAUCUCCUAGCUUGGGCCUGUGGUACAAUAUCCAAACCUCACAGAAGGCACCAAUCAGAAGGCUGGAGCAAUACCCCCCCCCCAGGGAGCAGAGAUGUCAUCACAUCCCUUUUCCAUCCCAUGAGAACAUCUUUUUUUCCCCAGGGUCCCUUCAGUGGGGGAGUGGAUCCACAUGUCUGAUGGAAACGAGUCCUUUUUUUCUACAGUACAUCUGAGAUUUGUCUGUGUACCAUGCAUGACUAAUGCUGACGAUGACACAAUAACCAUCAACUCUGUGUGGGGCUUUGAAAUUGACGUACUUUUGUCAUGUUUUGGAAUGUUGGACAGAGAAGAAAUCUUUCUCAUAUGACACAGUUGGUUUUAUGAAACAGCAGCGAUGCUGUGAGGAUGUGUGUAUCCUCUAGUGGUUGGGAAUGGCAUUGCAGAGGAAACAGAUAACGUUGACAGCAAAUGGAAAUGUACAUUCAAAUGUAGAUAUCUAACAGUGAAACUAUAAAUCAGAGAAUGACACUAUAUCGAAAUGAGUUAUUUAUCAUGAGACUAUUAACAGAGUUUUAUCAAAGAGGAAAUAUCAUAUAACAUAUUUUAUGAGCUGUCCACGUCUACAGCCAUAGUGAUUCAUUCAGAGUAUGCUAUAAAUAAUCCAUAUUUUAUGUAAAGAGUUGAGGCUAUGAGUGGAGCACAGACAAUCUGGUCCAUUAGGUUCUGGUGUUAUGCAGUUCUCUAGAAUGUUGUUAUGCAGGUACAGUGAAUGUGGACCUACAGGAGCACAAGUGACUCAUUUAUGAGGAGAAUAAAUACCAACUGUAUAUAGGCCUUCAGAGCCUGACCUUAGUUUCACAAAGGUGAACAUUGUAGAGAUGUUGUGGUUGACAUAGUUACAGUUGACAAAGAAUGUCAUCUCUCUUUGGAACAGCCUCUAUCUGCCCCCCACACCCCUCUCUUGUGUCACUUGGAGGCACCCCUGGCCUCCAGCUGGUGUUUCACCACAGUCUGGCUGUGUUAUGUGUGUGUAUUACAGUUGUUGCACGUUGUCUGUGUUUUGUCUCAAAGAUCAAAGAAAAAAGAGGGCGGGGGGGGGGGGGCUGUAAAAUUGUCAAGUUCCUCAUUUUGUCCGUGGUUCCAAACCUGUUUCCGAAACUGUCAUUUGUUGUGGGUUCCUUUAACAACCACUUGUUGUAUGCUGUUUGCUCAGUGUCAGUGACUCCAGAAACUAUUGCAACACAGUGAACCAGCCUGUCUCACUGCCUCGGACCAAAGCGCUAUGGCCCUGCGUGGCCCAGUAAUACCGAACGGGCCCAGAACCAUUCUGAUGCAUAUAGGGUCAUGGCCCAGAGCUGGAGUACAAUGGACUACUGAUGCAUCGCUAUAGGGGGGUUGCAUGUCAACACCGCAAUACAGCAUAGUGAAGUGCAGCAUCAUCAGGUGAAUACACACUGUACUCCCAGUUCUACAGCCAGUCUUUACUGUCAAAGCAUAUCAUAGAGAGGUGUUGCAACCUCAAGCCCAGUUCCUAUCAGAGGCAGCAACGGUAGACAUUCAGUCAAGAUGUCAGUUGGGCUCAUACUGUUUGACAAAUAAAA